CACAUCGCUUACACUGCGUAUGAACGGCAUCGAACUCUCUGAAACAUGGCGCUUAACCUCACCGUCAAGGUUCAUCCUGUGGUUCUUUUUCAAAUUGUCGACGCUUAUGAACGUCGAAAAGCUGAAUCGCAUCGCGUUAUCGGGACGCUAUUGGGUACUGUAGAAAAAGGAAUGGUUGAGGUCACAAACUGUUUCUGCGUACCACACAAAGAGUCAGAAAGUCAAGUAGAAGCUGAUUUGACAUAUGGAAUUGACUUGUACGAAUUGAAUCACAGAGUGAAUGCACAAGAAAAUAUUGUUGGAUGGUGGGCCACUGGUAAUGAGGUUACCACUCAUUCUUCAGUCAUUCACGAAUAUUAUAUACGCGAGUGCAACAAUCCUGUUCACUUGACCGUUGAUACAACGUUACUAAAUACUACUAGAAUGGCAAUUAAAGCUUACGUAUGUGUGUCAUUAGGAGUACCUAAUGGAAAACAAGGUUCCAUGUUUACCCCGGUUAAAGUACAGAUCACAUCUUACGAGCCGGAAGUUGUUGGGCUACAACUUUGUUCUAAGACACAGUUACCAGCACACGCCCAAAUUGCUGGUGUGAAGUCAGGUGGCGGUAUAGAACCAAUGAUGGAUUUAGCACAGAUAGCAGAAGCUAGUGCUAAGCUUUCUUCCAUGUUAGAACAAGUGCUUGCAUACGUCGACGAUGUUUUAAAUUCGAAACAACCGCCAGACAAUCAAGUGGGUCGUGCUCUUCUGGACAUGGUACAUUCGGUUCCCAAAAUGUCGAGCGAGCAAUUUGAAGAAAUGUUUAACAGCAACGUGAAAGAUCUACUGAUGGUCGUCGCGCUCUCCCAGUUGAUAAAGACUCAACUUCAACUAAACGAGAAGCUUACUCUACUCACAACACUGUAAUACAAGUUUUUUACUCGAAAAAUCUGUAAUAUAAACUCGAAUAUUCUGUAAUACAGUAACCACGAAUAAAAAGAGAUAUAAAUUUUC